AUGGCCACCCCCUCUAUUCUCACCUUUGACGCUGAGGGCCGCCCGAUUAAGUUUGGGGUUUGGUUAGAUGACCUCCACCUGUUCCUCCAGAUCACUGCUAAGGACGAUGUCUCCCUGUAUGACCACACGUCAGGCGCCGCCCCCGCACCUCCCGCAACUGCUGACAGUACUGCUCGCUCCCAGUGGCAGACCCGUGAUGCUCACGCUCGCCUAGCCGUUCGCAGCCACCUGCCGUUAGAUGAGCGCGAGCACUUCGGCCAGCAUAAGACCGCUAAAGAGCUGUACGACGCCGUAGUCGCGCGCUACUCCUCCCCUGCCACUGCUGCUAUAGGCCGUCUCUCACUGCCCUACCUCUUUCCCGACCUGUCCGCCUUUGCCACUGUAGCUGACCUCAUCACCCACCUCCGUACCAGUGACCUCCGCUACCGUGCCGCGCUCCCCCCCGAUUUCCUCGCCAAGAACCCCCCCCCCCCCCCGAUGUACCUCACACUGUACCACCUUGUCACCCGCCUCCCUGACUCCCUUCGCACUGUCAGGGACCAGUUUCUCGCUCUCUCCCCCACUGACCUCACUGUCGACCUCCUCGAGAAGGAACUCCUAGCAGCUGAGAAGAGCAUUGUAGCUGUAGGUGCCUCUCGUGGUGACCCCUGCACCCCCUUCUUUGAGGGGUGCUCCCCCUCCCCCCUCCUCCCCUCCAUUGCAUCUGCUGCUGCUGUCGACUACCUCGGAGCUGAGGGAAUCGGAGCCGCGUCUACUCCUAGUGGGAGGCGCAAGGGCGGCAGGGGCAAGGGGGGCCGGGGUGGUGGAGGUGGAGGCGGGGGCGGCGGCGGUGGAGAGGGUGGGGGGGGCGGGGGUGGUGGCGGGAGUGGGAGUGGCGCGGUGGUGGGGGGGUCAGUGGCGGCACAGGGGGUGGUGGCGGCGGCGGCGGUGUUGCGGGAGGUGGGGGCGGUGGUGGCAGUGGUGUUGGCGGUGGAGCGGGUGGCGGGCGCGGUGGAACGGUGCAGCGUGGGGGAUUCGGCGGUGGCCAGAGGCAGCCGCAGCAGCGUCCUGGCGAGACUCCCUCGCCCCAGCAGCUCCCGCUGUUUCUUUCGCCUCGACGACGCCUGGCGCGAGCAGUUCCCUGACGCCUCUGAGCUGCCUCGCUGGGCUGAUCUGCUUAGGAAGGGGAUUGAUGUCUUUGCUCUUGAUUAUGAUGCUAUCCUUGCUGCCAUGUAUGCAUUGACUAUUAGUGCUGAGGGUGACUGUUACCUGAGUGUGCCGCCCGACCCAGGUAUUGGUACUGGUAAGGCUGCUGCGCUAGGUGCUCGUGCGUCUGCGUCUGCUGGUACUGGGUCUACUGCGGCACUGCACACUUUCACACUGGACUCAGGUGCUUCCCGCUGUUUCUUUCGUGACCGCACUGUCCUUGAGCCACUAGCUCGGCCUGUUGCUGUCUCCCUUGCUGACCCCUCUGGGGGCCCGGUCCUUGCGACCUCCUCCACUGUCCUCCCUUGUCCUGCGGCCCCGUCUGGCACUCUGUCGGGUCUCUACCUCCCCUCGUUCUCUACGAACUUGGUGGCGGGCUCUGCUCUCCAGGACGGGGGUGUUCACCAGUUCACCCCUGCCUAUGAGCGGGUGACCCACUGUACGUGUGCUCGGACGGGUCGCCACCUGGCUACCUUCACUCGGCAGCCGGGGUCCGACCUGUACACACUGACCACUGAGUCCCCUCAGGUAGCUGCGUCUGCGUCUGCGUCAGGUCAGCUGUCGGCUCCCUGCUCGUGUCGCUCCCUGUCGCACCAGACCGUCCUCUGGCACCACCGCCUUGGUCACCCCUCCGUGCAGCGCCUUCGUGGCAUGCACUCCCGGUACCUUGUCUCUGGUCUUCCCAGGGUUCUACCUCCCCUCCCACCCUCGCCUGCUCCUCCCUGUCUUCCUUGUGUCGAGGGGCGGCAGCGCGCCACCCCUCACUCCUCCUCGUUCCCUCCCACAGAGGCUCCCCUGCAGACUCUUCACCUGGACGUGUGGGGCCCGGCCCGCGUCCGGGGACAGGGCCACGAGCGGUACUUCCUGCUGGUCGUCGACGACUACACGCGCUACACCACGGUCUUCCCCUUGCGCACCAAGGGUGAGGUCCCUGAUGUUUUGAUCCCUUGGAUCCGCGCCGCUCGUCUCCAGCUCCGCCAGCGGUUCCAGUCGGACUUUCCCGUCUUGCGUCUGCACUCUGACAGGGGUGGUGAGUUUUCCUCCGCCCUCCUGGCUGCCUACUGUGCGGAGCACGGCAUCCGCCAGACCUUCACGCUUCUGGACUCCCCACAGCAGAAUGGGGUUGCUGAGCGCCGCAUUGGUUUAGUCAUGGAGGUCGCUCGUACCUCCAUGAUCCAUGCGGCUGCCCCCCAUUUCCUGUGGCCGUUUGCAGUGCGGUACGCUGCGCAUCAGCUCAACCUUUGGCCCCGUGUCUCUGCUCCGGAGACCUCGCCCACACUGCGUUGGACGGGGGAGGUUGGCGAUGCGUCGGUGUUCCGUGUCUGGGGAUGCCGAGCCCUUGUUCGCGAUACGUCCGCGGACAAGCUCUCCUCCCGUGCCGUUCCCUGCGUCUUCCUUGGCUUUGUCCCCGACGCGCCUGGCUGGCAGUUUUACCACCCCACCUCGCGCCGUGUCUUUGCCUCUCAGGACGUCACCUUUGACGAGUCGGUACCCUUUUACCGUCUCUUCCCCUAUCGCACUGCCCCCCUCCCUCCCCCGCCGCUUUUCCUCGCUCCAGGUCCCCCUCCGCUAGACCCCCUUCCCCCUCAGGGUCCUGCUCCCUCAGGUGUCUCUCAGGUAGACCCUCCUCCCGUCGCUGAGCCUGUCGAGGUCACAGGUGACUCAGGUGCUGCUGCGGGUGGUACUGCUGGGGGUGCUGAGCCUGGGGGUGCUGAGCCUUGGGGUGCUGAGCCUGGGGGUGCGGAGACUGGGGGUGCUGACACUGGGGGUGCUGAGCCUUGGGGUACUGGGGCUGGGGGUGCUGAGCCUGGGGGUGCUGGCGCUGCUGGAGGUUCUGGAGCUGCUGGAGCUACCACUGGAGCUGGAGGUUCUGGCGCUGCGGGUUCUGAGUCUGCUGUUGCGCGGUCUCCUUGGAGUAGCCGCCUUCGUACGCGUGUGCCUCUCACCUCCCAGCAGCUGCGCGACUGGUACGGUCGCCGUCAGCGUCGCGCUCCUGUAGCUCGGGACUCUGCUCCUGGCGGUACUUCCACUGACGUCACUGGAGCUGAGAAAGGUGCUGGUUUGUUGUCUCCUGGGGGUGCCCACGUCGCUGGUCCCGGAGGUGCUCGUACCGCUGGUACUCGAGCUGCUGGGGCUGGUGGUGCUGUGUCUGAGGGUACUCCUACUGGGGACGAUGCGACUGGGGGUGCUGGUUCUGGAGGCGCUGCUGCUGGUGGAGACUGUCCUGGAGGAGUUGCCGCUGGGGGUGGUGGAGCUACUGGAGGUACGGGAGAUGCUGUAGGUGCUGGAGCUGCUGGUGCUGGUGACACUACCCAGUCUCGCCUGAUCUUCGCUCCGCCGUCUCCGUCGUCUCUGCCACCGCCUGACUCUGUCCUUCACCAGGUUCUUAGUCUUCCGUCUUCUACCGGUCUUCCCCUCCUGCCUGACUCACCGCUUCCUGCUCCUUCUCCUUACACUGAGCAGUCAGGGGGCCUUACUGAGCGUCGUGAGCCUGCGUCGCGUCCUGUCUCGCCAGUUCGCUCUGGUCACACCGUUCGUCGUGUUCCGCGUUCGGGGUCACCGACUAUCCCCGGCACGCACCUUGUCGUCCGUCGUCCUUCCUCUGUUCCACAGUCUGUUCCUCUGCCGUCCCCUCCUGCGUCGUCUUUGCCUCACGUUCCGGACCCUGAGUCUGACCGGUUUCGUGCUGAGCACCCUACUGUCACGCAUCUGCUAGCCACUGUUGUCACUGACCCCUCGUUUGAGUCUUCUGCUGCGUCUGCCUUGGUCGCUGAGCUUGUUGACUUUGCUGCUGCUUGUCGUCUAGACUUUGUUGCUGAGUCUGAGUCUGUCUGUCCUCCGUCCGUCGGGGGUGAGUGUGCUCUUGGCAUGGACGUCCUUGAGGACAGGCACAAGGACCUUGAGUGUCUUGCAGCCGCUGCGCCUCAUCUCGUGGCCAUGCUGCUUGCCCCUGAGGGAGACCCGGAUGCUAUAGACAUCCCUACCCCGCGAUCUUACGCUGAGGCGAUCGCGGGUCCCUACUCCUCUCAGUGGCAGGCAGCCAUGGACGCAGAGAUGGCAUCCUGGAAGUCCACUGGCACUUACGUUGAUGACGUUCCCCCUCCUGGGGCGAACAUCGUCAGUGGCAUGUGGAUUUUCAUGGUGAAGCGGCCGCCGGGUUCUCCGCCUGUCUUCAAGGCUCGUUACGUUGCCCGAGGCUUCAGUCAGCGAGAGGGGGUCGACUUCUUCCAGACCUUCUCCCCCACCCCGAAGAUGACCACUCUUCGGGUACUGCUGCACGUUGCCGCUCAGCGUGACUACGAGCUUCACUCUCUUGACUUCAGCACAGCUUUCUUGCAGGGCAGCCUGCACGAGGAGAUCUGGCUGCGCCGCCCUCCUGGCUUCACUGGGUCGUUUCCUCCUGGUACCCAGUGGAGCCUCCGCCGGCCGGUCUACGGUCUCCGCCAGGCGCCACGUGAGUGGCACGACACACUGAGGACUACACUUGCGGCUCUUGGGUUCGCGCCUUCUACUGCUGACCCGUCGCUGUUUCUGCGCACCGACACUUCGCUGCCGCCGUUCUACAUCCUCGUGUACGACGACGACUUGGUCUUUGCCACUGCUGACACUGGGGCUCUCGCCCGCGUGAAGUCCGAACUGUAG